AUGCCUCUGGGGAUACUCGAGGACCGCGAACUGGAGCACGUCCCCGGGACGUCGCCCUUGAAUGAGCUAGGCCAUGUCGGGCUCGAGGACACGGCGGCGGGCAUCGAUUCCAACUUCCUGAAGCACGACCCGACCGGGCAGAUCGUGCUGGUCCCGCAGCCGUCUGACUCGCCCAAUGAUCCUUACAACUGGCCGAAAUGGAAGAAGAGGAUGUUCACGGUUGCCAUCGCGUAUGGCUGUGGAUGUGUAGGAGCGGUCGGCCCAUUGCUCACAGCCGCCCUGGCACCCCUCGCCGAGCAGUUCGACAUCCCCUUGCAGCAGUUCACCCUCGGCCUCCAGGGCUCUUGUAUCGUUGCCAUCGCCGUGUCUAGUCUGGUCUGCAAUGCCCUGGCCGUGAAGAUCGGGAAGCGACCGGUUUACAUCGUGACAUCUAUCCUGCUCAUGGUCUCGUGUUUCUGGGCUGCCGAGUCCAAGUCGUUCGGGUCCCUCGCCGCGGCACGGGCGGUUCAGGGGUUUGCCAUGGCUCCUAUGGAAGCCCUCGUACCGGCCUCCAUCGCCGACAUCUGGUUUGUACACGAGCGUGGCUUCCAGUCUGCUGUGUUCAACCUCGGCGUUCUGGGCGGCAUCAACCUCGCCUCUCCCAUCGCUGGCUCCAUUAUCCAAUACGGGUCCUACCGAAUCUGCCUGAACGCAAUGGGCGGGGCGUUUGUCCUGCAGCUGAUACUCACUGUGCUCUUCAUGCCCGAGUCAGCUUACCACCGCCACGGCGCAAUUGACAUCGACACCACGGAUAAGUCCUUCAGCCAGGUGCUCGACAAGAAAUCCGAUUUCGAGCACACCGAGGAGAAGACGACCUCCAGCCCGGCCACAGAGUCAAGCAACGAGCCCAAGAAGUCGUUCGUGCGCGAGCUCCUCCCGUACAGCGGAUAUUGGGACAAGACAUCGUUCUGGCGGACCCUCAUCCGCCCGUUCUUCUUCCUCGGCUCGCCCAUGGUCUGCUGGGCCACGCUGCUGUUCACAACGUGCAUCUCGUGGCUGGUGCUCAUCUCCAUCACGCUGUCGCAGAUCUUCUCGGCGCCUCCUUACAACUUCUCCAUCACGGCUGUCGGCGCCUCGAACCUCUCCUCCUUUGUGGCCACACUAAUAGCCACAGCCCUGGCUGGUGCUCUCAUUGAUGGCCUCGCUAAGUUCAUGUCAAAGAGGAACAAGGGUAUCUUCGAGCCUGAAUUCCGACUGCCCAUCAUGACCACAUAUUUAGUCUUCACCGCUGUGGGGUUCUUCUCUUGGGGCCAGUCCCUCUACGCCCAGGACCCCUGGCCCGUGCCCGUCAUCGUGUGCCUGGGCCUGAUCAACCUCGGCGUCCAGCUCGGCACGACCGGCGUGGUCACCUACAUCGUCGACUGCCACCGCGAGCAGGCGGCCGAGGCGUUCGCCAUCAUGAACUUUGUCAAGAACAUGUUCGCCUUCGGGCUGACCUUUUAUUCCAAUGACUGGAUCAUGGUCCAAGGCGUGCGGAACUGCUUCUUCGUCAUCGGCGGCAUCACGGCGGCGGUGGUGCUUACGACCAUCCCGAUGUAUAUCCUUGGCAAGAGGGCUAGGAGCUGGACUUAUCGCCAUCGUAUUAUUACUAAGAUUGUUGAGUGGGCUCAUUGA